AUGGCGUCUCUCGAGGGGAAAAGAAUAGCCGUCACUGGUGCAGCAAGUGGUAUUGGGCUCGCCACGGCGCAAUUACUCGCCAGUCGCGGUGCCGUGCUGUCAAUUUCGGACGUCAAUCAAGACAGCCUCCAGAAAGCCCUCGACUCACUCCCCGGCAAGGGCCAUUUUGCCACGGUCGUCGAUGUCCGGAACAGCGCCAAAGUGACGGAAUGGAUCCAAGAGACCGCGAAACGCCUGGGCGGGUUGGAUGGUGCCGCCAACGUCGCCGGCGUCGAACGGGAGGGAGGACGCCAUCUCGCUGACUCCCGCGACGAGGACUGGGAUUUCGUCAUGGGCAUCAACGGUGGCGGCGUGUUUUACUCCAUGAGGGCACAGUUACAGCAGAUGUUGAAAGGCGGAGGCGGCUCGAUCGUAAACGUCUCGAGCGUGGCAGGAUUUAUUGGACUGCCUGACACGGGAAUCUACAACGCCAGCAAACACGCCGUUCGAGGUUUGACCAGAACAGCAGCUCGCGAGUACGGAGGCCACAAUAUCCGAGUCAAUGCGGUGGCUCCAGGCGUUAUCAAAACCCCCUUGGUCAAAGCAAUGGAAACUGGGUUCAGAAAUGGACCCGUCACUACGAAGAUGCAGGCGAUCGACCGUCAAGCCGAUCCUAAGGAAGUUGCUACGGUCAUUGCCUUUUUACUGAGCGACGAGGCUAGUUUUGUGACGGGAUCGACGUACAAGGUCGAUGGGGGAUGGACUGCCUAA